UGCUGGUUGGCGGGUUCGCUGGAGGGGUUUGGGCAUUUUGGGGGUGCGGGCCGCGCGUGUGCUCGCGUGGGUUUAAGUCCACCGCUGCUGGGAGCUGUGGCGUGGACGGAGGCGUGUAAGUGCACGCGCGGGAGGACCGGUGCGGGCCCCUGAGCCGCGCGUUUCCCGCCUGGCUCCUCGGAAAGGCGUUAAUGCAGUUCUAGUCAGGGCCCCGCGGAUGCCCUGGGCCCUCUCUCUCAGUCUCCCCGGCCUCGGUCCUGGGACGCUUUUGUUUCGGAUCUCACCGUGCUGCCCUGGUUGGCCGAAGUCCUCUUCUGGCCUCAAACUUGCUCGGCCCGCUUUUAUUUCUUUAGGUUUGGAAACGGGGCCUCUCCCUAUAGCCCAGGGUGGCUUCACCUUUUUAAAGUUUAGUUUGUACGUCGGUUGUUUCUCGUCGGAGCCACGUAGCUUGCCGGGGGGGUGGGAGAGGGAGCUGUGUGGUUAAAUGCACGCCCCGGCCUUAUUUAAAAACAGUCGGUUCCAGAGCAAGGGGUUGCGCAGCUGCCUCAAGAGGACACUUUCACAAGGGUCAGAGCGCGGGACUCGCGUGGGUUUGGCCGCAUCUCCGUGGCCAGAACUCUUGUCCCUGCGCUGUCCGUUUUCGGAACUGGCUGUAUUACUUCCAUGUUGAGAGUUUGGAGUGAGUCUUGAGUUCAAGGCCGGUGCAGCCCCUCCACUCCAGUGUACGGACGAGUGUGACUCUUGCAGGUGGAUCCCGUGCGCACCCGAUUGGAAGAUCUGUCGCCUUGCACCUAAUUAAGAGGCAUCAUGGAGGCACCCCCAGUCACCAUGAUGCCCGUCACUGGGGGCACCAUUAACAUGAUGGAGUACCUCCUGCAGGGAAGUGUUUUAGACCACAGUUUGGAAAGUCUCAUCCAUCGCCUUCGUGGUUUGUGUGACAACAUGGAGCCUGAGACUUUCCUUGAUCACGAGAUGGUAUUCCUCCUUAAGGGCCAGCAGGCCAGCCCGUUCGUCCUAAGGGCCCGGCGCUCCAUGGACAGGGCAGGGGCCCCCUGGCAUCUGCGGUACCUGGGACAGCCAGAAAUGGGGGACAAGAACCGCCACGCCCUGGUGCGCAACUGUGUGGACAUUGCCACCUCUGAGAACCUCACAGACUUCCUCAUGGAAAUGGGCUUCCGCAUGGACCACGAGUUCGUCGCCAAAGGACACCUGUUCCGCAAGGGUAUCAUGAAGAUCGUGGUGUACAAGAUUUUCCGAAUCCUGGUCCCGGGGAACACGGACAGCACAGAGGCCCUGUCGCUCUCCUAUCUUGUGGAAUUAAGUGUUGUGGCGCCAGCUGGGCAGGACAUGGUCUCUGACGACAUGAGGAACUUUGCAGAGCAGCUCAAACCUCUAGUUCACCUGGAAAAAAUAGACCCCAAAAGGCUUAUGUGAUUAGGAAUUUGUGUCCGUCUUUGAGGUAGGCGAACAAGUGCCCAGUUACUGCUGCCAGCCAGGCCCACUGGCCUCAGGAAGGUGUAUGGUGAAAGAGUUUCAACAUGUAGCCCUGGCUCAUCUAGAACUCACUACAUUAACUAGCUAGCCGGUCCCAGAGGUCCCCUGCACUUCCACCUGUGUGCCCGUGUUAAAGGCUCUCCUUAUUACACCUGACAGUUUCUUGUUGGCAGUCUUUUCCAGUGAGAGGCCCAGGUAACAUGGAAGUUUGCUCAAGCCCUCCCUCCACUCAGAGAACCGGAAGGAAAAACGUCAGAAAACAACUCUGAUAAUUGUUUUGCCUUUUUUCUUGUUUUUAAAAUGUUUUCUUAUUGCUCUAUUUAUUUUUUGUUUUCUUCAUGUUUUUAAUUGUUCUGUUUACAAAGUGUGUAACAGUGUCAUGAGCUGACAUUGUGUGGUAAUAAAGACAGAAAAGAACAA